AUGGCGAGCCGUCUACUGGCAGGCGGCCAGUCCGUGACGAUCUUCGAAGACGAGCCGAAGUUGGUGAGGCAGCUGGUUCAAGAAGUCACGGAGACCGCCCGAGCCGCGAUCAGCGCCAAGGGAAGCUUCAGCCUCUGUCUCGCGCGCCCUGUGAUCCCGGCGCUGAAGGACUUGUCGCCUGAUGCCUUGGACUGGAGCAAGGUCAACGUCUUCUUGACAGGAGAGCUUCUCGGCGCCAACAGCUCCUACUCCGAAGCCCUGGCGACAUUCGGCAAGAAGUGUCCGGUGCAGGGCAUUUUCUAUCCCAUCCUCCGGCCGCUCUUCAGCACGGGCACUGGGCUUCCGGCCUUUGCCGCCGAGGAGGCGGCGGGGGCCUACGGGGCGCUUCUGAAGAGCCACCCGGCCAUCGACAACGCUGGGCCUAUGCCAUCCUUCGACCUAUUGCUGCUGGGUCUUGGGGACGAUGGCCACUGCGGCUUCUUGCAUCCUGAAAGCAACCAGGUUAAAGCGACCGGGAAGGGCAAGGUAGUUCUGAGCAUCUGCCAGUCGGGGAAGAGUCAGAUCGCAGUCUCCAUGGAUGUCAUGCGCGCUGCAAAGAAGACCCUCGUGACGGCGACGGGGGCCGGGAAGAAAGAUGCCGUGCGCCGCGCCUUGUCCGGCGUGCAUGGGCCAUUUGAUUGCCCAGCAGGCCUUCUUUCCAAGGCGCCGUCAACCACCUGGUUCGUGGACAAGGCGGCGUUCGCCGAUUUUGAAAGGACCUCCACCAUGCACAGCGGGUUGCCCGGGCUGCUGCCCGCCGCGCGGCUCGAGGAGCUUAAGGAGACGGCCACCAAGCUCUGCGCACCAGGAAAGGGAUUCCUUGCUGCUGAUGAGAGCGCGGGCCCUUGGCUACGUGCAGGACAUGCUGAGGCGGCAAAGAUCCCGGAUGUCGUCGAGAACAGGGCUGCCUAUCGGGCGAUGUGCUUCUCCACGCCUGGCCUGAGCGAGCACAUCAGCGGGGUCAUUCUCCACUGGGAGACUCUCAUGCAAGAGGAUGCAAAGGGCAAGCCGAUGGUGGAAAUCAUCAAGGAGAAUGGCAUGAUUCCAGGCAUCAAAGUGGACAAAGGCUACAACAAGAAGGGCAUCUGGGGAACAUCUGUUGGUCCUCUUGGCCAUCCAGAGGUUGCCACCUUGGGCUUAGACGACCUCCAACAGAGAUGCGCUCAGGCCUACAAGGAGGGAGCGCGCUUUGCCAAGUGGCGCAACGUGCUGCAGCUGGACCCUAUGAAGGGUUUACCGAGCAACUUGUCCAUCAACGAUACCGUGCACACCCUGGCGCGCUAUGCCUCCAUCUGCCAAAGCGAGGGGCUGGUACCGAUCGUGGAACCUGAGAUCGUCCCCAAUGGGAGCCACGAUAUCUUCUACUGCGCGGAGGUGACGAACAAGGUCUUGAAGGCCCAGUUCAGGGCCUUGGCAGCGCAUCACGUCUACUUGGAGGGUGCCGUGCUGAAGCCGAACAUGGUCAAGAAUGGCUUGGAGGGCCCCAAGGCGAGCGCUGAGACCAUUGCAACCCUGACGUGCCAGACCUUGCUGCGCACAGUUCCGCCUUCCAUGCCGGGCAUCUUCUUCCUGUCGGGCGAGACGGCUUUGAAUGAAGAUAACGAGGAAGAGGCAACCAUCAAUCUGAGCACCAUGAACCGCCUCUUUGCGGGAAAGCUGCCUUGGCAUCUGUCCUUCUCCUACGGCAAAGCCCUACAGAAGACCUGCAUCGUCACUUGGCUGGGAAAGGCCGAGAACGAGGCUGCAGCACAGAAGGCCCUCAAGGCACGCUCGCAAGCAAACUCGGACGCGGUCUUCGGCAAGUACACGCCGGGCAGCUGCGCCAGUGUUGGCACCGACGGCAACGUGAUGCAAGCGGCCGGUCCGUAUUAA